AUGGCUCCUCACGUUAAGAGCAGCGCUACUCCCAAAGACCGACGAAAGUCGAACGGGGUCGGCGUCUCCGUGGCCAGCUCUAAUGGCGCGUCGUCCAAGGUUGUCACCCUCGCCGUGACACCAAAGAAUCUACGUGCUAUUGUCGAUCCUGGUUAUGUCAAAGAGGACACGCCAGUUCUCAAAGAGACCAACGAUUCACCUGUCGACUCGGCCAUCAUCCCUGCCGUCACGAAUUCGGCCGCUGAGAAUGCGUCCGACUCAAAUGCAAACACUCCCGCGGCUGGUACCCCGGCGCCGCAGUCCGGCCCCAUGGGUCCACCUACUGAUGGGCUGAAGAAGAAGGGCGUUAAGCGGGCGGCAGGUGCUGGCGUGAAUGGCAAUGGUGAGGCCAAGGUUCGGGGCAAGCCGGGUCCCAAGAAGAAGCAGAGGCUAGACGACGGUACCAUCGAGGGCGGCCGAGGCGGCUUGGCUGCGCACAAACUUGGACCCAAGGCUAACAUGGGCGCUAUCAACGCCGGUCUCCGAGCUCUUGAUCGGUCUGGCAAGCCUUGCCGGAAGUGGACCAGAGGCGGAUUCACCCUCAAGAGUUUCACCGGCGUUGUCUGGGAGCUUCCGCGCUGGACCGCGCCGCCUAAGCCACGGCCGGAACUAACGGCAGAGGAACCCAUUCCGGUUUCAGCAUCAGCCGCAGGCAGCAGCAAAGAGAACAUCAUUCCGGGCGAGAACGCCCAAGUCAAAAGCGAGUCAAGCAACAACGGGGUAGAUGUCGAGAUGCAGAACGCCCCUAGCUUUGCCGCCGCCAACUCAGCCGCGCCUUCACCGGGACCGACUCCAGCACCAGCACCUGCAUCAGUACCGACAGCCAUUGCCGUAUAGGUAUCUCCGCUUGCAGCUCAAACUUUUCAGUUAUAUACAUGAACGUUGCUGUUGAAGCUUGGCCAUAGUCGGCUGGGCAUCAAGGGUACGGUUGUUAAGAGCAUUCGAGCAUCGCACUGGGAGGAAAAGG